CCAGGGUUGGCUUGGCCUAACCAUUCUUAUAGAAAAAGAGAUUUUAAGCACUCUUGUUAAGAUUAUUGAGGAAAAAGUAACCACAAACAUGACUUAUAAAUACGAUGCUAUCCUUACUUAUUCAGACUCAGGGGACCCAAGAAUUGAAGAAAAGGUGAAAAAGAAGUUAAGGCACAUUUGAAAUAAGAAUUGUGAUGCUUUAGAACUAGAUCAGUUUCUUAUACGAAGACCAUUGGAAGAAGCAAGCAAUCGUGAAUUGAUCUGAAGGCAGCCGCUUUGGAAAAUAUUACAAGCCUUUAGCUUCAAAGAGAAAGAAGAAAAAUAGUAUAAGUACCUGAGGAUCUUGGAUCCUUGGGAACUCUUAUUGGUCUAAGAUAAUUAUUGGAGCCAGCAUCUUGCUUCAGAAACUUGGUAAAUUAUGAAGACUUAAAGAUCAGGACUUUAUCAGAUCAUAUUGCCUUGCACGGAUUCUGGAUGAAGACCUAAACAAUCAGAUAAGUGACUCCGCUUAUGAGACUGAUGUCUCUAAGCUGUUAGAGUAUAACCCAAAAAUCAUUGAUUAUUUCUUCCUUGGAGAAAAGGAUGGGAGCCUUUCCGUUAGUCAUAUAUCAAAAUAUGUUGACUGUCUAUCACUGUUAGCUCUUCUAUCUUUCUUUGAAAAUGGGUGUCCUUCUCACAGUCACUCUGGUGAGAACUAUGAAGUUGUCCUCAAGAAGUGGUAUUUCAUCAGCGAUCAUCCUAAAAAUGAUGAUGGUCUGGAAGUUAUCACUACAAGUUCGCUUCUUGGUUCCCAGAUUUUCAAAAUAGCAGAACUCAACGAGUUUAUUUUGACCGAGGAACAGUUCUUAGAUGAGAAGGAGAAACUUUUAUGAUCAAAUUCCUUCUCAAUAUUGUUGUUUGAACAUCCUUAAAACAGAUACUAGAAGCCUUUAUAUUUCCAAUUUCAAUUUCCUGAAAAAUUAGUUUAUGCUGAAUGAUGAAUAAUUUAGUCUUACCUUGAUAGUUCCUAAAAAUACCUUAGAGCUUUGAAUCUACAUAUUCUGCUGCAGAUAAAGGUAUUUACAAAUAGGAUUUUUAUUUCGACCAACCUCCUAGGUAUUAACCUCUAUUUCAACGGUGAUGUAUCAAUAAUAGCAGGGGUAGUUUUAACCCUUUGCUCAGAGAAAUACGAAGAAAAGGUGGCAUAUUUGCCCUUAUUCUGCUCUCAAAGUAGCCCAUUUUACUAAGUA